AUGGGCUGCGGGCGGGCCCUGUGCGCCCUGCUGGCCACCGCCCUGCUGGCCGCCCACGCCUUCCCCCAGACCAACAUCAAAAUCAGCCAAGCCAUGCCUGAGCCUGUCCACGCCUACUCCUGCCCACUCUUCUGGACGGAGUACGAAGGUCACUGCUACCGGUACUUCCCCAUCAACAAAACCUGGGCUGAAGCCGACCUCUAUUGUGCCGAGUUCUCCAUUGGCAUCAGAUCAGCCAAGCUGGCCUCCAUCCACAGCUGGGAAGAAAACGUGUUUGUGUACGACCUGGUGAACAGCCGCGUGCCCGGCAUCCCCACCGACAUCUGGACGGGACUCAACGACCUGCGUGAGGAGGGUCACUUCGAGUGGACAGACGGCUCCUCCUACGACUACCACUACUGGGAUGGCAGUCAGCCUGAUGAUGGGAUCCACUCCAUCCCAGAGGAGGAGGACUGUGUGCAGAUCUGGUACAGACACAGCAGUGCACUGCGCUCCUGGAAUGACAAUGCCUGUGGCAGAGCCUUCCCCUUCGUCUGCAAGAUCCCCUCGCUGGCCCUGGACUGAGGCUGCUGGUGCUGCCCGUGCUCCCCCUCAUUUUGGGUCACCUCUCCAGCCAUGCCAGGGAAGAGCAGUCAGGACAUGGCAUGGAUUGUGAGAGCCAUGGAACUGCUUGGCAUCCCCAGACAGCCCCUGGCUGUAAAAUCCUUCCUGGGAGUGCCCUGGGGGCAAACCUGGCGCUCUACAGUGAUGGGAGCUACAUUCAACAGCAAAGGAGCCCCUCAAGCCUAAAUCUGGUUUGGGUUUCAGAUUAACUAUCACAGCAUAUUAGAGGAAGCCCAUGAUUUUACCAGUACAUCGAACUGUUAGCACCAAAAAAUAGCCAUGUGUAGGAAGUGUUUUUGCCUGUUGAUCUGUGAAGGAAAAGUGUUAUUUUCUGUUAAGUUAUGCAAAAUGCCUCUU